AUGCGCCAUAUCUCCAUCAAGCUCCCCCUCCUCCUCGCUGCCUCGGCUACUAUCGCCGUCGGCCAAGAGGCGACGACUACAGGGAGCAGUGCUGUUAAAACAGGCGGUGCGUAUAAGUGCGCUGCACAGAAGGUCGUCGACGAAUGUGUCCGGAACAUGAAGUUCCAGCUCGAAAACUGCGCCAUGUACGACUGGGAUUGCCAGUGCACCGGCAGCACUAAUGUCGUCGGCUGCUACAGCAACUGCCCCGAGAACCCCGACCGCCUCGGCGCCCAGCAAAUCCGCGAGCAGAGCUGCGCCAACGCCAAAGCCUACGACACAACAAGCUCCGCUUCCGCCUCUGUAGCCAAAGCUACCGGGAUGUCCAGCAGCAUGCCCAGCAGCAUGUCCGCCAGCUCGUCCGCCUCCGCCGCAGACACCACAUACGCGCCUAGCGGGCUGAAGAGUAACAGCGACAGCUCUGACGCUGAGCCGACAAAGUCCCUCAGCGGAUUAGAGAAGAAUACGAGUCCGUCCGAGGGCGCUGCGGCUGUUCGGGCUGCGGGCGGAUGGUUGGCAUUUUUAGGGUUGGCAUUGGGGGUUAUGUUCUAG